AGCUGCGAUGGGAAUUGCCAGGGAAACGGCGCGGGCGAGCGGCGUUCGGUGGGCGCCCGCUGCUCGCGUCGGGCAAACGCAGCACCCCCGCCUCCCAACACACACACACACACACAGGCAGGCAGGCUUACUAACGCCCCGAGACCACCUCAUCAAACUAUUCAAAACACUCCGAAGAGGUGGAAACAUCAUCUGAAUAUCUGUCGACUUUUUCUCGCCCGUCUACGCAGUAAAUUGCACACAAGUCCGAGCAAUUCAAUAAAAGGCCCCGCCUCCUCUCAGUUAGACCCGGUUUUUGAAAGGAUUUCUCUAUCCCAGGGAAGCACUGGUGCGAGAUUUACACGCAAAACACUGGGGAAUGGCUGUUAAUGUUUAUUCAACAUCAGUAACCAGUGAGAAUAUGAGCCGGCAUGACAUCAUGGCCUGGAUUAAUGAUACUGUAUGUUUAAACUAUACAAAGAUUGAGCAGCUUUGUUCAGGUGCAGCAUACUGCCAGUUCAUGGAUAUGUUGUUCUCUGGCUGUAUUAGUUUGAAAAAAGUAAAAUUCCAAGCAAAAUUGGAGCACGAGUAUAUUCACAAUUUCAAACUUCUACAAGGUGCUUUUAAGAGAAUGAAUGUAGAUAAAGUUAUUCCAGUAGAGCGAUUGGUUAAAGGUCGCUUUCAGGACAACUUGGAAUUCAUCCAGUGGUUCAAGAAGUUCUUUGAUGCAAACUAUGAUGGUAAAGAGUAUGAUCCAGUCCUUGCUCGACAAGGUCAAGAUGCUAUUCCUCCACCCAAUCCUGGUGAACAAAUUUUUAAUUUGCCAAAGAAAGCAGCUAGUUCACCAAGUGCAGGUGCUGCUGCUCCAAAAAGCACUCCAUCUCCUAAAUCAGUGUCAACACCAACUAGGCCAACUUCAGCUCAAGCUAGAAAGGCACCAGGAACAAAAAGUGGUGGUGAUGCAGAAUCACAUAUUGCACAGUUGAAUGAGCAGGUGAGUUCAUUAAAACUCGCACUUGAAGGAGUUGAAAAGGAGAGGGACUUCUACUUUGGGAAACUGAGAGAAAUUGAACUCAUAUGCCAAGAACAUGGGCAGGAGAAUAUUGACCUUGUUCAGCAACUCAUGGACGUCCUAUAUGCCACUGAUGAGGGAAUUGCAGGGCCGGAUGAUGGUCAGGUACAGGCUGAAGAACUGCCUCAGGAACCAGAAGAAUACUGACACUGCAGGCAUCUAUUUGUGAAUGAAGAGCACACUGAAGGCUUCAUGAAAAGAAUUGCUUCAGUUUGAACAUUAGCGUUUUAUCCUCCAUUACUCUGCAUCAGCAAAGUACUGUAUUCUUUACCCAUUAUUUUACCAUCAUGCAUUUGCAGCAACUAUCUUUGUAUAGGAAAAUGUGGUAAUUUGGGGCUAAAUCAACACUUUGCAUUACGGCUAUGUUUAGGCAGAUAUAUGGUUUGACAACAUAAUUGAUUUCAAAACUGUAGUAUCCACUGAAGUUUUACAAAGUAGUUUCAGUGAUCAGAAAUGCAGUAUUACAAGUUCAUAUGCACCGUGUAUAGUUUUGAAACCUACAUUGAGAAACCCAUCACACAGGCAUUUCUACACAAUACAUAGGUAAUAUAAGCCUAUUUAUAAGAAAACGUCAUUGAAGGAAUGGGUUCUUAAAUCUGUAAAAAAAAAAGUCUUAUUAAGCUGUAUCUUGUUAUGAAAAUUAUUCACAAUUUGUCGCAUGAUAGAGUAGCUUUGUUUUCAGGACAUAAAUUUCAGUUACUUUAUCUUUCUAAUUUAAUAAAUUAGAAGUCUGUUUAUAUUGUGGUCUGUGUAUAAAAGUCUUCUUGAGAAACCUGUUAAUGCAAUGAUGCAUACAAAGUCACGUUCACCAGAAUCUCAGUUAAAUAUCAUAAUAUUCUGAUGGUCUUAUGGUUGUCACAAUUAAGCAGCAGAGGAAAUGAGAACAAUGGUAAGUGCAUGUAGUUUAGAUAUGAUUUGGUUGCUGACCAAUGAUAAAAAGACCUGAAUUUGAACAAGUCUUGACUGGUAGUAACACAUCAGCUUUUCUUUGAGACGAGAUUCACUAGACUGGAGCUCAUUAUCUGUUGGACGGAAUUUGUGAGGUGCGGUUCCUCCUUCACUCACAAAUUUCAUUUGUAUUUCAGCCAAGGACUAAUAAUUCAAAAGUUCUGUGGUGAUUUAUGUGGAACUUAUUGACUGAGGAGGAAGAUGUGAAAGAUCACUUUAUAAAGCUUAGUGCCUGCAAAUAGAAAUAUCAGAUGGGUGUAUUAUUGCCAUAGAUUGAAAAAUCUACUGAUUUUAGUAAUACCUAUAUGUAUGCAUAUUUUACUCCUGUUGAAAUUAAUAAUAGGUUAUACAUAAUGCAUGUUUCCAUCACAGGUUUGCUAGUUUGUUUCAUCUUCAUUUAUCAUUCUUGGCCACCAAAAUUGAAUUUUUAAUGGGUUUGUAAACUGUAAGUAUAUUUUGUCACAUUAAGCAUACAGACAAGUAAAUUAUUCUGCUUUUGGUUUACCUAUUUCAGUUGUAGGUUUGGAGAGGAACAUACAAAUUGGGAGCUGGAAUAGGCCAUUGGCUCUCAAGCUUUUGCUAUAAUUUCAUAAGAUAAUGGGUUACUAACUCCCACCUACCUAGCCCCCACUCCUUUUGCUUUUCAAGAACCUAUCUACCUCUUUUAAAAAUGCUCAAAUAUCUCUGUUUCGAUUGCUUUUUGGGGAAAGAAUUCCAAAACCUCAACCUUAGCGAAAAAAAAUUGUUUUGUUUUAAAUGGGAGACAUCACCCCUCCCCCCCUACCCGUGUUCUAGAUUCUUCCAUCAAGUUGCCUCUCAUCCUUCUAAAGUGGAUAAAAGGCGUGUUUGUCCAGCUUUUCCUCAUAAUGCAACCCAUCCCUUUCAGGUAUGAGCCAGUUAAGUCUUUUCUGAACUGCUUCCACUGCAUUGACUUGUUCACAACAUGUUUACAUUUUUAAGUAAGGAGGUCAAUACUGUACAUUUCUCUAGAUUUGGUCCCACUAAUGCCUAUGUGAGUGAGGUGUACUCCUAGCAAUAAAUAUUAGCUUUUGUUCUCAUA